GCACCCCGGGCAGGACCGGGUGCCUCGGCAGCAUUGCUCCGGGAGCUGGGCACCCAUGGCUCGGCAGCGAGCCCGCUGACUCAGGGGUGGCCUCAGGGAAGCUGCAGCCCAGGAGCUACAGGAAGAUGGUGACACGCCUGCCCUACGCCCCGGCGAUGGCCUUGAGGAGAUGGCUGGGGCUCUCCGUGCUGCUCUGCCUUAGUUUGGGCUGUGCACUGGAGAACAAAGUAGUCAAAAGCAAAGUGGGGGAAAAAGUUGGCCUCCCUUGCUGUCAUGAAAUUCCCAGCUCAGAAAGCCUACAUAAUUACCGGGUCUACUGGCAGAAGAACACCACAGAUGUGGUGACUGCUUACGCAGAGGGGAAGAAGAUGUCUGAUCACAUUCAGUUUCCUGAGCGGUACGAGAACCGGACUGAGAUGGACACCAGGAACCUCACCCUGUGGAUCUCCCCCGUGGAAAUCCUGGACAAUGGCUCCUACCAGUGUGUAGUUCAGCACUUCAGACAUUCUCAGAACUCGUAUGUUUUGUGUGAUGAGCGUGUCACCCUCAUUGUUACAGCUGACUUCAGUGAUCCCAACAUAACAGCAGAAGUAUUUGCUAAUUCUUGUGAAUCAGCUGAGAUGGUGGUAAGAUGCUCUUCUCAUGGAGGUUUCCCCAAGCCGAAAAUCUCUGGAGCCCUCAACAACAUGUCUGUGGAGUGGAAUGUCAGCUGGGAGUCCAAGUCCAACCUCAGCCUGUACAAUGUCACUGGCGAAGUGCAGCUCAACGUGACCAAAGACACCGAAUUCUCUUGCUCCAUUGAAUACGACGGCUUUACCAAGUCCACCAGUUUGCUUCUGAAAAAAACAAAUGACUGUGUUGUCCCUACUGUAUCUCCAUCUUAUAAUGUUAUUACUGCUUCAAGUAUCAUCAUUAUUGUCUCCCUUUUGGCUGUCACCCUAGCAGCAAAAUACUUCCCAAGACAUGUCUGUUCUCACUGUUGUAAGCCUCGGGACUCAGUGGAAGAGGAUGUGAAAGAAUGUACAAAGCCCAUGAGCUCCAAAGUGUCAUCUGAAACAUCAUCUGUAUGACCAGAUUGCAUUUGCAGGUUUCUUACCCUGUGUAUUCCGCACUGCAGUCCUCACUGUUCGCUGUACAGCACUGCUUAUUGUGUUGGCCCUUCGGCUCUCUGAAAGGGGAUGGCAGCAGCAGCAAAGUGUUCAAGAUGACUGACAACAUCAUUUUGUGCAAACAAAUACAACUCCCCACCUAAGCCACAGAAGCUCUUGGGUGGUCUCAAUACAACAGAGUUACUGAAAUUCCAGCUGGGAGGACCCUCCAUGUCCCUGCAACAGGGCAGAAGAGUUUUCAUCAGCAUCAACACACCACUUCAACAGUUUGGGAUCCUCAGGCUUCAACAUCAUCUUGAUGAAAAUCAGGGAGCCUGCAGAGCCCUAGCAGGUAGCCUACACCCACCUAUCCGGUUAGUAAUGCAGAGCUGACCUUUGGGAGACCCCAAACCCUGACACACAAUCUCAAAUCCAGCUGUGCCUCCAUGCUGCAACCGGGAGCAGCUAAAACUUCCUUUAUAUUCUGCCUCGCACAGGUAUCUGCCAGUACUGGGGUUUGUGUUGGAGGACUUUGGGCUUGACCAUUUCAAAUCUGUGUUCCUUCUCCCCUGAAGAGGCAAUAGCGUGCAUAUUUUUCAUGAAAAAGCACCAUGAGAUGGGACUGUAUGCCUCAUGGUUACUUUCAGUGCUAUGAGACUUUUUAGGCAAUGAUACAUACUGACGGCACACCCAGCAGCUAACUGAUACUGCUUAUCUACAGCAAUGGCAGAAUUUCUCAUAUGCUUUCUCUCCUGAAAGGAUGGCUGUGCCAACCCAGGCACCGAGAUACAGCUCCUCCACUGAAUUACUCAAGAGGUCCAGGAGCACACCUGGCACAGCCCAGCCCUGCUGCUGAUGGUGGUGGUGGCACACACAUGGACAAGCAUUCGUAUGAUUCCUUCCUACCCAUGCUUGUAAAGCCCCAUUUCAACUCCAGUAACACUCAGUGGUUAUCUCACCUGUACCUACUGUAACGAAAUGUUACUCGGGGCCUUGCUUCAUGAACGUAGGUCUGCUUUUGUUUGUACAUCUGCUGAGGAAUGCUUGUCAGGGUAGGGUCUCCAGCUUCUUGGGAGCACCUCGCAGCAACCUAGGGAUGUCCUUUGUGUUGAAUGCUGCUGCUUUCUGCCAGUGUCUCUCUACC